AAUUGUGAUAAAAACAAAAAAUUAAAGAAUUAAAAAAAACAUUAAAAACGUACUCAUCUGAAACUCAAAAAAAUAUGGAAACUAAACCAGUUUGGUGUAUCCUUGGAUCCGGUGGCCAUACAGCUGAAAUGUGUAUAAUUCUACAAGGAUUAUUACAAAAAACCAAAGAUCUCAACAACUACAAACCAAUGAAAUUUCUUGUGGCAAAUACUGAUAAAACUUCCAAGGACAAAAUACAAUUAACGAUGGAUGAGUUAAAACAAAACGUAAACGAAGAUGAUUUUAUUUACAUACCACGGGCACGAGAGGUAGGUCAGAGCUGGUUUACCACAGUCUUUACAUUUCUGUAUGCUUUGGUCUGGAGCUUUUGGUUGGUCUUUAAAGAGAAGCCCCGCAUGAUAUUGUGCAAUGGACCCGGCACCUGUGUUCCGUUUUGUAUAGCAGGCUUUCUAUCAAAGCUAGCACGGAGAUCGAAAACGAAGCUGGUUUAUGUGGAAAGUUUUUGUCGUGUCCACGAGAUAUCAAUGUCAGGACGCAUAUUGUUGCCCUAUUUGGAUGUUAUGAUUGUACAAUGGGAACCUCUGACAAAAAUUGAAUAUUUGGGUCGUAAAAAGAUUAAAUAUUUUGGUAACAUUUUGUAAAUGUUCCACAGAAUUCAAAAGCAACAAAUUUAAUUGCACACAAAAAUGUUAAAUAUUAAGAAAAAACAAAGUUUUUGUCUAAAACCAAAAUUUAGUUUAUAAAACAAAUUUAAGGAAAGUUAACUUUUGUUAUGGGUAAGAAAAUUUUAUAUAUCGAUAUUGGAUUUGUUAAAUAUGUUUCUACAUAUAUUAAUAUUAAUUAUUUUUUCUGUACUGCAGUUUUCCUCUUAUUUUGUAAAUCACUUUAACUUUUCACCCAAAUGUUUGAACAAUUUCUAAAAUUGAGGUGUGUGAUUAACAUAUAAGAGUUUUUUUUAUAAAAUUAUUUAUAUAUAUGAAGCUGCAAUUGAGAAGUUAUAUUAUUGAUACCAAUUUGAUAUAUUUUUCUUUUAUUUUUAAUAAAUUUUGUAAUGUCUAAAAAAAAUUAAAAAAAAACCAAAGUAAAAUA